AUGUACUGUAUGGACAUCACCAAUGCCUCAAAGUUGUUAGAGCACUCAUGGCCCCUGGUCGGAGCAUCUUCGCGAAGCAUGGCAGUGUGGCUGCGUUGCUUAGUAUGCCUUUGCAUGCCUCGCUUGUUGCUGGCUGCAGGAGGAAUCACAGAAGAUGAACGUCUUUUGGUUUCUGAUGGGUCGUGGCACCGGAAUCAGCGCAAGUCCAUCUCUAUUGAAACCUCCUGCUACUACACCACUAUGGAGGCCAUGCCAUAUGGAUGUCAGUAUGCCCGAGCAUACUUUCCAUCCUAUCAGAACGAGUUCCAGCGGAAAGCAGAGAAGGCUGCACUUCUUGAAUUCUACAACUUGUGUGGAGGUGACUUUUGGAGAAAUCGAGACAAUUGGAAUUCGGAAUCGGACCCUUGUUGGGACUACUGGUAUGGAGUGACGUGCAACGAGCAUGGCUAUGUGAUCAAGUUGGAGCUUGCUGACAACAGAGUGCGGGGCAUCCUUCCAUCAACAUUAGGCUCGCUCACUUCAUUGGUCAAAAUUGACCUCUCCUCGACAGAGCCAGAGUACCACUUGCAUCCCAAUGAUGAGAUGAAUCGUGUUGAAGGGGUCAUACCAUCUUUGGCGCUUUGCUUCCAGCUGGAAGAGAUAGAGGUUUCUGGAAAUUUGAUCUUGCGCUUGCCAGAUGACUUGUACCUCAAUGCGAACACCCUCAGAUCGUUGAGCGCCAGCCGAAAUUUGUUGAGGAAUCUCCCAAUAUACCUCGCUCGCUUUCAGUUGUUACACACACUGGAGCUGGACAACAAUAGAAUUGAGGAUGCAUUUCCAACAGACUUUGGACAGCUUCGAAACAUUCGGAUAGUCCACUUGCAGUACAACCGGCUGAAGGGCAGCAUAACCCAGGAUAUUGUCCCGAUGGACAAGAUUCGAGUAUUUGAUGUUUCGCACAAUCCAGAGUUGGGUGGUGUCAUACCUGAGCAGAUCAUUGUGGAUUGGGCUGUUGGGGCCGAUGUGUACGCAAAAGAACAAAGAAAUGGCGUGAAAGAGCAGAAGGGCCCGGCCGAGCUCACUUGA